AUGCAACUUUCCUGGAAAGACAUUCCAAGUGUCCCUAGUUCUAAUGAUAUGUUGGAUAUCAUUCUUAAUAGAACUCAAAGAAAGACCCCAACUGUUAUUAGACCCGGGUUUAAAAUCACUCGUAUUAGGGCAUUUUACAUGAGAAAAGUUAAAUUUACUGCUGAUGGAUUUGCUGAAAAAUUGAAUGAUCUUAUAACCGGAUUCCCAAAUAUUAAUGACGUUCAUCCAUUUCAUAGAGAUUUAAUGGAUACUUUAUAUGAAAAAAAUCAUUAUAAAGUUUCAUUAGCUGCAGUUUCCAGAGCCAAAACAUUAAUUGAACAAGUUUCUAGAGAUUAUGUUAGAUUAUUAAAGUUUGGUCAAUCAUUAUAUCAAUGUAAACAAUUGAAAAGAGCUGCUUUAGGUAGAAUGGCUACUAUUACCAAGAAAUUAAAGGAUCCAUUUACAUAUUUAGAACAAGUUAGACAACAUUUAGGUCGUUUACCAAGUAUUGAUCCAAAUACCAGAACUUUGUUAAUUUGUGGUUAUCCUAAUGUUGGUAAGUCUUCAUUUUUAAAAUGUAUUACUAAAGCAGAUGUUGAAGUUCAACCAUAUGCUUUCACCACUAAAUCUUUAUACGUUGGUCAUUUUGAUUAUAAAUAUUUAAGAUUUCAAGCAAUUGAUACUCCAGGUAUUUUAGAUAGACCAACUGAAGAAAUGAAUAAUAUUGAAAUGCAAUCUAUUUAUGCUAUUGCUCAUUUAAGAUCAUGUGUUUUAUAUUUCAUGGAUUUAUCAGAACAGUGUGGAUUUUCAAUUGAAGCUCAAGUUAAAUUAUUCCAUUCAAUUAAACCCUUAUUUGCCAAUAAAAGUGUUAUGGUUGUUAUGAAUAAAACUGAUAUUGUUAAAGCUGAAGAUUUAUCAGAAGAACAACAAGAAUUAUUGAAGACUUUAACUACUGUUCCAGGAGUUGAAAUCAUGCAUGCUUCUUGUCAUGAAGAAGAAAAUGUUAUGCAAGUUCGUAAUCAAGCUUGUGAAAAAUUAUUAACUGCUAGAAUUGAACAAAAAUUAAAGGGAACUGCUCGUGUUAAUAAUGUUUUGAAUAAAAUUCAUGUUGCUAGACCUCAAGCAAGAGAUGACUUAGAUAGAAGUGCUUUUAUUCCUGAAUCAGUUAAACAAACCAAAAAAUAUGAUCCAGAAGAUCCAAACCGUAGAAUUUUGGCCAGAGAUAUUGAAGCAGAAAAUGGUGGUGCUGGUGUUUAUAAUAUUAAUUUGAAAGACAAAUAUUUAUUAGAAGAUGAAGAUUGGAAAAAUGAUAUUAUGCCAGAAGUUUUGGAUGGUAAGAAUGUUUAUGAUUUCUUAGAUCCAGAUAUUGCUGCCAAAUUACAAGCUUUGGAAGAAGAAGAAGAAAAAUUAGAUGCUGAAGGUUUUUAUGAUUCUGAUAGUGAUAUUGAAGAUGAUGAAACUCUUGAUAUUAAAGAUAAAGCUCAAUGGAUCAGAAAUAAACAAAAAAUGAUGAUUAAUGAAGGUAGACUUAGAAAACAUCUUAAAAACAGAGCAGUUAUGCCUAGAGAUCAAGUUAAAAAAGAUUUCAAUGAAAUGGAAAAACAUAUGUAUAAUAUUGGUCAUGAUACAACUAAAUUGAAAAAUCGUCUUGGCAAAAAUAUAACAAUCGAUAAUUCAAAAGAAUUAUCUGGUGUUGAUAUCUUGAAAAGAAAUCAAGGUAUCAAAGCUUCCAAAAUUUCUAAAAAAUCUGCUCCUCUUAAUCAAUCCGAUCGUCUUAAUGAUGGUUUGAACGACGGUAAAUUAAGAUCUAAAGCCGAUAGAUUAUUAAAAGUCCAAAGAAGAGAAAGAAAUAGACAAGCCAGACAAGGUGAAGCUGAUCGUCAUUCUACUGCUGCAUUACCAAAACAUCUUUUCUCUGGUAAGCGUGGUAUUGGUUCUGCUGACCGUCGUUAA